UAUGUUGUACAGCCUUGUUAUCUAGAUAUAUUGCUGUUUAGAGCUAGGCUUUGUAGGCACCAAAUUCUUUAUUGGCGUUAAUUACAAGGUUGAUAUAGGUUUAUUAUACCAUAGUGCUUUGGUUUUGAGGGUUGAUCAGAGGUUGACUUCUUGCAAUUUGGGAAAAUGGGUUCAAGAAUUCUGGUCUUUUUCCUUAUAUUUUCCAUUCAAAUCUAUACUAUUCUGGCAGAAACAAACGCUGAUGAUUUGUCUGCUCUAAAUGCCCUCAAGUCAAGCUGGAGCAACUUGCCACCAAAUUGGUCGGGGGCGGAUCCUUGCGGGAGCAAUUGGGAUGGCAUUGUCUGUAACAACUCCAGAGUGGUCGCAAUAAAGUUAUCUGGAAUAGGGCUGGAAGGCAGUGAGUUUGGAGAUCUUGGGUCAUUCACUGAGUUGCAACAUUUGGAUCUCUCGAACAACCUUGGCCUGAAAGGAACUUUACCAUCUUCAAUUGGAAAUCUGAAGAAUUUGACAACCUUAAUUUUAGUUGGUUGCAGUUUCUUUGGUCCAAUUCCAGAUUCAAUUGGAUCUCUACAGCAACUGGUCUUUAUAUCUCUGACUUCUAACAGCUUCAAUGGACCAAUCCCACGUUCAAUAGGCAAUUUGUCUAAACUUUCGUGGUUAGAUUUAAGUGACAAUAAACUUACUGGUGAUAUCCCAGUCUCUAAUGGACAAGGGCCUGGUUUGGACAACUUAACCAAUACCAGACACUUCCAUUUGUCCCAGAAUCAGCUCUCUGGCCGCAUCCCAGAAAAACUCUUCCGUCCCAACAUGAAGCUAAUACAUGUGAUUCUUGAUCACAAUCAGCUGCGUGGCGAAAUACCUCCAAGUCUUGGACUUGUGCGGACUUUAGAAGUUGUACGACUUGAUUCAAAUGCACUAAAUGGAUCUGUUCCGGAUAACCUCAAUAACCUUACGGGUUUAAAUGAGCUGUACUUGUCUAAUAACAAUCUGACAGGACCUCUUCCUAACCUAUCAUCCAUGAACACCCUUCACUAUUUGGACAUGAGCAAUAAUAGUUUUGACGCCUCAGAGAUUCCUCGAUGGCUUUCAAGCCUCCUGUCAUUAACAACAGUACAUAUGGUGAACACAACACUUCAAGGCAAAAUCCCAGUUGGUUUCUUUAGCCUUCCUCAAUUGGAGACAGUAGUAUUAUCCAACAAUAAUCUCAGCGGAACCUUGGACAUAGGCAGCAGCUACCCCAAAAAUUUGACCGUUGAUUUGCAGAAUAAUUCCAUCGUCGAUUUUGAACAGAAAAACAAUUACAAUAUGACGAUGGUGCUUACUGGGAAUCCCAUUUGCAAGGGAAAUGAAGCAAAAGAAAACUAUUGUAUUGUUCAGAAGAACAACAACAAUCCAUUGUUAUCAUCAGGGAACUGUCCAAACUUAAAUUGUGGUUCAGGCAAAAUACAAAGUCCCAAUUGCAAGUGUUCAAAUCCACAAACGGGAACUCUGCACUUUUUCUCCUUUUCCUUCUCAAACUUUGAGAACUCGACUUAUUUUAGAUCCCUUAAUGGCUCUUUGAUGGCUGCAUUCCUAUCCCGUGGAUUACCUGUGGAUUCAGUUUCUGUUACUGAUCCAACCAUUGAUGUUUAUCAAUACCUCACGUUCAGAGUGCAAAUCUUUCCUUCGGGGCAAGAUACUUUCAACAGAACUGGAUAUUCAGAUGUUGGUUUCCUGCUCAACCGUCAACCUUUCGAUGUUGAAUAUUUUGGACCCUUCUUCUACAAAGCUGACGAGUAUUGCUGUUUCGGAGGAUCCAAAAAGUCAUCACAUACUGGCAUCAUUAUCGGAGUCGCAGUAGGCGCUUCUGUUUUUGUUGUGUUACUAGUCUGUAUUGCAGUCUAUGCUUUUCGCCAGAGGUCAAGGGCAAAUAGAGCUACUGGAAAGAACAACCCUUUUGCCUCCUGGAAUCCUGAUAAGAGUGGUAGCGUUCCACAACUCAAAGGAGCAAGGUGGCUCUCAUUUGAAGAGACACGGAAAUGCACAGACAACUUUUCGGAUGCCAAUUGCAUUGGAGUUGGGGGUUAUGGGAAGGUUUACAAAGGACUUCUUGCUACAAGGGAGUUAGUUGCCAUCAAACGAGCUCAGCAGGGGUCAAUGCAGGGAGCAUUAGAGUUCAAAACAGAAAUCGAGCUUUUGUCCAGAAUUCACCAUAAGAAUGUGGUCAACCUUGUGGGAUUCUGUUAUGAGCAAGGUGAACAAAUGCUGGUUUAUGAGUACAUUCCUAAUGGUACUUUAAGGGAAAGCCUUUCAGGAAAGUCCGGUAUCCAAUUGGAUUGGAUGAGGAGACUGAAAAUAGCCCUCGAUGCAGCCAGAGGCUUGGCAUAUUUACAUGAGCUUGCUGAUCCUCCCAUCAUACACAGAGAUGUUAAGUCCAACAACAUUUUACUUGAUGACAACUUGAAUGCUAAAGUUGCAGAUUUUGGCCUUUCGAAACUUUUGGGAGAUGCUGGCAAGGGGCAUGUCAGCACCCAAGUCAAAGGCACAUUGGGAUACCUGGACCCUGAAUACUACAUGACACAACAGCUGACGGAUAGAAGUGAUGUAUACAGCUACGGGGUGGUCCUACUAGAGCUUAUAACUGCGAGGCCACCCAUAGAACGAGGAAAGCACAUAGUGAGAGUGGUGUCCGAAGCAAUGGACGAUCAAAAGGACAGCAGCAAACUCGAUCAGGUGGUAGAUCGGGUUCUCACACCUCAUAGAGACCCUGAUGGCCUGCAAAAGUUUAUCAACUUGGCCAUGAGUUGUGUACGAGAAUCUGCAGCAGAGAGGCCUUCAAUGGGGGAGGUGGUGAGGGAGAUUGAGAAUAUCAUUCAGAUGGCUGGAAAAGUACUUACUUCAUCUUCCAGCUUUGAGGAGGGUAGUAAUCAAGGGAUUAGGAAUAAUAACUCUUAUGAUAGUAAGGCCUUUGAUUAUAGUGGCACUUUCUUACCUUGGGCCAUUGAUAUGUGAUUUUGAGUAUUAGUAGAGGUAGAUUGGUUGUUUGUCCAUGAAUAGUGUAUUCUUGAGAUAUGUAAGUGAUGGUUGUAAUCAGUAACUGCAACUUUCUUUAAUUGUUUUUUUUUUUUUUUUUUUUUUUUUUUUUCCAACUUGUAUUGUAAUAUCCUAGAAAUAAAUGUUUCUUGAUUCAUUGUACAAGAUAACAGCAGACAAGUGUCCGCAGUGUGUUGUCCAUAAUAUCAUUUGAAAAA